CCCCCACAGCCUCCUCCCCCGCCUGUCCAGGGGCGGCACUGCGGGCUGGGAAGCCGGGACCAGAGGAGGAAAGGAAGGAAGGAAGGAAGGAAAGAAGGAAGGAAGAGAAGAGAAGAGAAAAGAAGAGAAGGAGAAGAAGAGGGCUAUGGAGUAGAAGAGGAGGAAACACAGGACAGGAAGGCAGGCAGGAGGAGAGAGGACAGCACUCGUGCGGCAGCAUCCAAAGGCCAGAGUGGGGACCCGUGCUGCUUCCGCCGCUCCUCGGAUGGUGACGGAGCCCCGCCGCGGCCGCAGCCCCCCCCGCGUCCCGGCUCCGCAGGCCUACAGCGCCGGAGCCCUGCAGGAAUCAUGCCCAGAUCCUUCCUGGUCAAGAAGGUCAAACUUGACACGUUCUCCUCGGCAGACCUCGAGAGCUCCUACGGGCGCGCCCGAAGCGACCUCGGCGUGCGACUGCAGGAGAAAGGAUACCUCAACGACUACGCGGGGCCCGCCUCCGUCUACGAUGGCGACGCCGAGGCGGACUUGCUCAAAGGGCCAUCCCCGGAGCCUAUGUACGCUGCGGCCGUGCGGGGAGAGCUGGGCCCGGCGGCUGCGGGUUCGGCGCCGCCGCCCACCCCGCGCCCGGAGCUGGCCACAGCCGCGGGUGGCUACAUCAACGGCGACGCGGCGGUUAGCGAAGGCUAUGCUGCCGACGCCUUCUUCAUCACCGACGGGCGCUCCCGCCGUAAGGCUGCCAACGCCGCCGCCGCCCCCUCCACGGCCUCGGCGGCGGCCCCCGACGGCGACGGCGGAGGCGGGGCCGGGGUGGGCGCCCGUGGUGCAGGGUCUGGGCCCGGAGGGCGGGGCGGCGCGCGCGCGGGGGCAGGCACCGAGGCGCGCGCGGGGCCCGGGGCCGGCAGCGCGGGAGGCCGGCACGCCUGCGGCGAGUGCGGCAAAACGUACGCCACGUCGUCGAAUCUGAGCCGCCACAAGCAGACACACCGCAGCCUGGACAGUCAGCUGGCGCGGCGCUGCCCGACGUGCGGCAAGGUGUACGUGUCCAUGCCGGCCAUGGCCAUGCACCUGCUCACGCACGACCUGCGCCACAAGUGCGGCGUGUGCGGUAAGGCCUUCUCCCGGCCCUGGCUGCUGCAGGGCCACAUGCGCUCCCACACCGGAGAGAAACCCUUCGGCUGCGCGCACUGCGGCAAGGCCUUCGCCGACCGCUCCAACCUGCGCGCGCACAUGCAGACGCACUCGGCCUUCAAGCACUUCCAGUGCAAGCGCUGCAAGAAGAGCUUCGCGCUCAAGUCCUAUCUCAACAAGCACUACGAGUCGGCCUGCUUCAAGGGCGCGGCCGGCAGCGGCCCCCCGGCCCCGGCCCCCGCCGCGCCGCCGCAGCUCAGCCCAGUGCAGGCCUAGAGCCGCGGUGCCUCCGCCAGCCGGGUCGGCUCUCAGCAAUACGGGCCCCCAGGGAGGUCUCCGCCGGCGACCAGGCGGAGGGGCCGGAGGGCGGGCCCCUCCUCACAGCAAUAGGGGGAGGGGGCCCGGCCCCGCCCCGCCCGCCAGGGGCCUUGCCGGCCCCUUCAAGCAAUAGGGUCCCGAGGGGAGACCCACCCCGAGCCCCCUCCCUUCCCCUCCAGGGUGCCCCAGGCUUUUACCCAGCAAUAGGGUCGAGGAGAUCCUGAACCGAACCUCAUCUCCGAGUUAGGUCUCUGAAGACCCGGGUAGGGUGAGGUAGGGAGCGCCCCCUCCUGCCUCUUCUGCGCCCCUGGAUCGCGUCGCAGAGACUCAGGUCUUCCCCACCCCUUCCCAAGCCUUCCAGGGCCAGGCCUGCGGCCUAGACGUCCAGGGAGCCGGUCCCUCCCCGGCAACAGGUCGGGGAGGAGCAGGAUGGGGGCUGCAGAGACGUCCCUACUCCUCAGUGUUCGUUGAACCCCGGGAGUGUUAGACGCGUUGGGGAUCGGGGAGGGGGGCGGAUGGCGGCACCUCUCUCCCUCGGGUUCCUUCUGGGGCCUCAAUCCGAGCCGCUCUCCAACCCUUGCCUCGCAUCCUCUGCCAAAUCCGAAUUCUUCCAGCCCUGCUUCCCGGGCUCUGUCGUCCAUAACGAAUAAUAAUGACGCAUAUCAAAUCGCAUGGACUUAUCCGACCUCCUCAGACCCCGCUCCUGCCCUGCCCCGGGACCCCCUCCCUCGUACCCGGGCAUUCGGUGUUGGAGAACGGAUUCCUGGGGCCCGGCAGGCAGCCCUGGGCACGGCCCUCCACACCUCUCUGUAUUCGCUUUGCGGGUAAAGCCCCCUAGGGGGGGUUGCGGAUGCGUCGGGUUCCUUUCUUUCCUGUAUUUGUACGUUUUAUUUAUGAACGGAUUGCACUCGGGUCAGGGAAGGGGCGCUGAGGCCCCUGUCCUUCCCGCCGACGCCGGGGGCUUGGGAUGUCCAGGAUCACUUUCCCCGCCCCUGAACCCCUCCCUACCUGGGCGCCUCUUGGGAGCCUCAGGCCCCGCCCUCACUCUGUUGCCAACUUACUCCCGUCUAUGCCAAAGCCUCGGCGGUGACCCCGCCCCAAGGGCCCGCCCCAUUGGCCGCCGCCUUUGUGACGUCACUGCAUGCAGCCCCAACCCUCCUCCUGUCCCUUCCCGGGGCUGCCCGUUCCCUGUCCCUCUUAGUUAGUCCGAAGCCAACUAUAGAGCAAUAAUGCGCACUGCAUGCCAAGCUGCCGCCGCCUCUAGAGUUACUGAGAAUCAGGUAUCCCCUGCCCAACCCACCCCCUAGGCCCCUAGAUCAGGGACGCUGCGCGGGGCCGGAUGCGCAGACUUUCUUCCUCCUCCUCUUCCCUCCCCCCCCUCCCUCCCACGGCAGAGGCCGGCAGGUGUAAUGGUUCCAGGGGCAGGGGCAGGGUGGUUGCCCCCCAAGGCCCCUCCUUCAUUUGUACAUCACCCACUGACCGUUCAUUAGGCAUUUAUCAUGUGCCAGGCCCACUGCUGAGUCCACCUGGGAUCCGGCGACCUGCAGGGGGUGCAUGUUCUUGACAGGAGCCCAACCGGCUUGGGUGGGCCAGGGAUGGCGGCAGAUGCAGAGAGCCGCGGUCCCUAGACCCCAACCUUGGGCCCCUCACUCCUCCCCACUGUAGCCCGGGGCCAGUGCUCGGCACGGUGGGGCUCUGCCUUUGACUUGGGUUCUCAGCUCAGGUGGCACAGACCCAGGGCCCCAAGGCCCAGUGCCACCAGGACCCACAUACUAACUCCCAUUCCUUCCAUCCCCUGGCAGCGGCGGCUCUGCCAUGUCAGGCCAGGGCCCCAGGCCACACGAAAAGGUGCCCACUGGAGUGUAUUACCAGGCUGGCCCCAUCCCCGUGGGUAUCAAGCCCGGCUGCCAUCCAGCUGCACCCGCAGGGGCCAGCAGGCCCGAAGGCCCAUCAUAGCAGGGCCAUGUCCAAACCCUUUAUAUCCCAGCUCGGUAUUCACACAGCUCCCAAGCCGCGGCCUGCCCGCCUGUGCCGGGCACACCCGCAUGCACACGCACAUACAGGCAUCCCACCAUACCCCACACGCCUAUCUACCUACCUAAGGAGAAGGCUGGAGGGCCGUGAGCCGGCCAGGGUCUCCCGCUUCUCCCCACACCCCGCCGCCGUGGAAAGCCAUGGGCCCCCUCCCGCCCCCAUAACUAAGCAGCACAAUAACCGACUUAGCGAAUUCAGGUAGAAGGAACGUUUAGGUAGCACCUAUUUUGUACUGAUUCUACGAGUAGGGCCCGAGAUGCGGGGGCCCUCGGGUGGGGGCUGCGGCCGCCGGCCCGCCCUGCCCCCACCCUUGCCUGUGCCCCGCCGCCUUGUACAUACUCCCACCCGGAACAGGCCGGGAUUUUUACUCGGGCCGCGCCCCUCUUCCGCCCCCGUUUGGGGCCGGGCCGGCCGGACAGACGGACGGACGGACAGACCUCCUUCCUAAGCACAAUAGCACCAGCUCCCCGGAGCGCCGCACCUCCACGAGGAGAAUA